AUGCAACAACGACAGCGAAAUCAGCAUAAGCCUUGUCCCCCAGCCGAUGAGCUAAAACCUGUCCUGACGUUCUUCUACAAUCUUGGGCUCAACGAUGGCCAGAUAGCACACUGUUGUAUCAAGCAUUUUGACGUGGAGCUCUAUGGUCUGAGUAUCUCUUCCGUCAAACGAUUCAGGAAACAGUGGGGGCUUCUUAGCACACGCCAGCAAGGCCAUACUAUGGAGAGCAUAGCACAGUAUGUCGAUGCAAUCAAGGCAAAAUUUCCACAUCGCGGUGCAGACUCCAUACGCAAGUCGCUAAUUUUGACGUUCAAAGUCCAUGCACCAAGAGCACUGGUUGCUCAAUAUCUACGCCAGAUCGAGCCUGAAGCUGUCCAGGCACGUCGCCACCGACGUUUUAAGAGACGACGCUUCUGGGCAACUGGUGUGCAUGACAUAUGGGCGCAAGAUCAGCACGACAAAUGGGGUCGCUUUGGCUUGUAUCUUCACGUCUCCGUUGACACCUUCUCUGGUUACAUCAAUUGGAUGAAGAUUUGGUGGAACAACUCAAAUCCUCGGCUCAUCACUGGCUAUUACAUCGAGGCGAUCCGUAAGCUCAAAGCCGUCCCUCUAGUAACGCAGAGCGAUCCAGGGUCAGAGAACUUUGGUGUCGCAAAUGCGCACACCACUAUUCGGCACCGUCUUGAUCCUUCACUUGCAGACACGCUUCAGCACCGCUGGAUGAGGGCGCACAUGAAUAUCAAACCAGAAAUCAUGUGGUCGGUAUUGAACAGUGACUUCAAGCCAGGAUUCGAGGAGAUACUUCAGUACGGCGUUGACCAAGGAUGGUAUGAUGUAAAUAGCACUCUAGAAGUGCUCAUCUUCCGCUGGCUAGCCAUACCAUGGCUACAAGCUGAGCUUGACGACUGGACAAAGCAAUUCAACUUGACUCCACGGCGCGCAAAUAAGCACAAGUCUCUCCCGCAUGGCAUUCCAAUCCUCAUUGUGAACCAGCCUCAAGAUUUCAAUGCCGUGGAUUUCAAGGUGAAUGCACCGGCUGAUCUCAUUGACGAAGUGGAGCGACAGUGGGCACCUCCGACCCACCCUAUCUUUGAACUGGUUCCUUCAGCAUUCGAGGAGCAUGCGCAGACGAUCUACAAUGAGAUCGGAAGGCCAGGGGUUCAUGGUGAAUCAUUUUGGGAUGUGUACCUUCAGAUGCUCGACCACUUUAAUCGUCUUCAAGGAAAUGCUGAACUUUCCGCUGCAAUCGCGGAGCAUGCAGCAACGUUCGACAGGCUCAUGAACGAGAAGAUCGAAGUAUUACCCGGUCUUCGUGAUUUGCGCAAUGGAGAUGUGCUUAUUGGCAAGCGCGGCAGUUCUGCACCUGAAGGCAAUCCUGAUGAUCUCGAGUUGGCGGACUUCACGGACUCUGAAGAGGAUGAGGAGGACGAGGAUCACGGAUGGUUUCAUUGAAACCACACUGAUUGUCGAUACAAAAGAGCAGAAAUAGCGUAAUAACAAGAAUCAUUAUUGCGAACCCCUGAUCUGUGAGACGGUACGGGCGAUGCUGGGUCAGGAACUGCAAGGAUGCCUCGGUGCAAGUCGUCGAAGCCUAGCAACCACAUGGUCGGCUGCCUCAUGUGGUCAUACACCUGCAUCAUCUCUUUAUCGCAAGAUGAGGCCUGCUGUUCAACUGGCUCCCCGUCAAAGUUUAUCUUGAUCUCAGUUCCGACACCCUCCGCGCUCCAGACAUCGACCUCGCCAU